AUGUUCAACAAAGAUUUUUAUAUUAACGCUGUACAUUUAUUUGCAUUAGCGGUACUAAUAUGUUUUUGUGUGUUUGUGUGCGAUGUAUACCUUGAUACCCUCGUGAUCACCAAACAAGGUUGGAUACGUGGUUUCAGAGCUAGUGAUGGAAAUUAUGUCAAGUAUAUGGGUAUACCAUACGCAACGGUUAGCAAAGAGAAUCCUUUUGGCGAAUCCACACCGUUUCCGAAAUUAAAGGGAGUUUUCCAAGCAAAUAAAAACAGGAUAAUGUGCCCACAAGUAGAUAUGCUAUCACUGCAAUACGUAGGAACGCUAAACUGCCUUCGUUUAAACGUAUUUGUUCCAUACACUAAAGUAUCGAAACCUGUGAUGGUUUUUAUUCAUGGCGGAAGAUUUACGCUAGGAUUUACUGGAACAUUUCAAGGCACACACUUCCAUGGACCAAGGUAUUUCAUGAAACACGAUGUCAUAUUAGUAACUAUAAGCUAUCGUCUUGGGCCAUACGGUUUCUUUUGUUUAGAUUCACCAGAAGUUCCAGGUAAUCAAGGAAUAAAUGAUGUUAUUAAAGCCUUAAUGUGGGUAAAGGAGAACAUACACGCAUUUGGUGGUGAUACUAAUAAAAUCACUGUGUUUGGCCAUAGUGCUGGAUCAAUGAUAACGGAUUUGUUACUGUACACCAAAGCCGAGAAAUAUAUCGAUCAAGCUAUUCUACAGAGUGGCACUGCUCACGCGGCUGAUGUUUUGUGGAACGUCAAUAAUAGUGUUCCACUGAUAAUUUCUAAACAUUUGGGCCUUGAAACAAAUGAUUUAAAAGAGGCCCUAAGUUUUUUGAAAAGUCGCUCAACACAAGAUGUUGUUGUUGCUGCAAAAAAUCUGUCAAUAGAAUUCAGACCAUGCAUUGAAAAAAGAUUUGAAACCUAUGAUGGUUUAAUCAACAAAGAUCCUUUUAAUACUAAGCCAAGCGUAAAGAAUAAAAGAAUAAUUUUAGGACACACAACUGAGGAAUAUAAUAUGAAACUUCAGAAACCAAUACAAUAUUUUAAGGACAAUGACGUUUUUGAUAAUAUGCUGGAAUACGAGUUUGAUUUCAAUAACGAGAAAGGAAAAGAGGCAGUCUCAUCAGUGCGUCAUUUUUAUAUUGGUGAUAAUGAAGUUAACGAAGAUCUGAAAUGGAAAAUAGUUAACUUUACUUCGGACAUUACAUUCAAUUACCCUGCUUAUAGAGAUAUGGAUAAAUUUAUAGAAAAUGGCGCUGAAAAGGUCUACUACUACAUAUUUGCGUACACGAGCUCGUCAAACUUAUAUAAGAAACUAUUGAAUAUAUCUGUUGGAAGAUCUAUUCAUGGGGAUGAAUUGGCGUACCUUUUUGAAACCAACACAAUACCACCUCUAUCUGCUUCAGAUAUAAUUAUAAUGGAAAGGAUGACGACUAUGUGGACGAAUUUUGCAAAAUACGGGAAUCCAACUCCUAACAAAACUGAAAUGUUACCAGUGCAAUGGCUUCCAAUAAGCAAAGAUAGUAGAAAUUAUCUCCUGAUUGAUCUAGACGAAGAAAUGGGUGAAGAUCUGUACAAAGAUCGCAUCGAUUUCUGGGAUACAUUUUAUGAAACCUACAAACAGUUUAUGAGGCCGAAUAAGACCUUUGUUAAUUUAUUAUUAUAA